CCACUUGUGAGACUCCCCGCACCCCACCCCGUCAUCAAGCGCCAAUCCCCACCACCUCCUCGGCCCACCCAACACCAGCUCCAACCGCGCACGGCCAGGCCCCAAGCCGGUCCCCUCGCUCCCUCCCUGUACUUGCCGGUGCCCGCGCAGAUGGACGGCGGCGCGACGGCCGCGGCGCUCGGCGCGUGGGAGGCUGUGCAGGGCUUCUUCACGCCGGCCACGCUCUUCCUCACCGUCAACCUCGUCAUCGGCACCAUCCUGCUCACCUCCCGCUCCCACCAGCGCCGACGCCAGGGCGGCCACGACGGCGACCACCAACAAGAACCGCUCCACCACGUGGAGCCGCAGCAGCAGCAUCAGGAGGAUCUGUACUACCGCGACCAGCAGCACGAGCAGCAGCAGCAGCAGUACGUGCCCCCGCCGCCGGCGCCGGCGCCGCUGACGCGCACCUCGUCGGUGCUCGACCGCCUCCGCUCCAUCGGCCUCUACCGCUUCCGCUCCGGCGACUUCCCGCCCGAGUACGCCGCGGGCGCCGUGACCGACUCGCGGGAUGUGACGGCCUCUCCGGAACCGGAACCAGCGCCGACGGCCGGAGACGCCCACCACGCCAGGAGCCGGUCCGAGCCCCCGGCGCGGGUGGAGAGGAGGCGGGCGCCGCCGUCGAAGAUGAAGAGGUCCAGCUCCGAGGCGAGGAGGGCCGAGGUGGCCCCGGCGCCGACGGCUCGGGUGGUCCAGCCGGCCGUGCUGGAGGAGGAGGAGCACGACGACGACCUCGUAGAGCACGCCGCGAGGGCGGACACCGAGUUCACCGACAACUACAACAGCUUCACGACACCGCCGCCGGAGCAGGAGCCGGAGGAGGAGCAGUACUACCGCGAGGAGUACGUGCCUCCAUACAGGCCGGCGCCGCUGGCGCGCGCGCCGUCUGUGCUGGAGCGCCUGCGCUCCUUCAGCCUCUACCGCUUCAACUCCGGCAACCUGUCCCCCGAGCUCUCCCCCUCGCCGGACCAUGCCGUGGCCUCCGUCGCGGCGGCGGACGAGAAGAAGACGUCGACUCAGUACAGCAGGAGCCGGUCGGAGCCGGCGCGGGAGCAGGGCAAGAAGGGCAAGAAGCCGCAGCAGCAGGGGGAGAAGCAGGGGGCGGAGGGGAAGAUGAGCAAGUCGAGCUCGGAGGCGAGGAUGCUGCCCCCGCCGCCGCCACCACCGCCGGAGGUGGAGGAGGGCGGCGUGGACGCGCGGGCGGACGACUUCAUCAACAGCUUCCGGAAGCAGCUCCAGCUGCAGCGGCUCAACUCGCUGCUCAACUACAAGGAGGUGCUCAACCGCGGCGCCAAGUAGCAAGCCGCCGGAGAAGAAGAUCACGCCGAAGAGCAGUAGAUCAUCACCCUACCCUGCCAAGUGGUUCAUUAGCAGAUUAUUAACUACUACUACAUACAUUUUCCUGCAUGUGAUUAGACUAAUACUGUGGCGCUAAUUAAUCUGUUAAUUACUCGAGGAUUUUUGCUC